AUGAACAAAGCAGAUAUAGAGCAAGCCCUUGGUGGGCUUCUGCCUACUCUAAAUGGCCCUCUUCCACCUGAGCUUGUCGACACAGCCCUUUCCCUGCUUGCCCGUUCGCGCAGCGUUGCCCACAGCUUAAAACCCGAUGAAGAGAUAGCACGGCCAUAUGCAUGCGCUCAAUUGGCAUGUGAAAGGUCCAAGAUACGGCUUAAUCUGCCCUCAAUAACAUCCCGCCCGCCAUGCCCUCCCCGCAUCUACAAGAAGCUCUUGACGUACCUCGAAACUGCACUCCCUGCAACGGCCUCUGCUAGUGUACCAGGGACACCUCGAAAGAAUACCUCAUAUAACCCUAACACCCCUUCACGAACUACUCCGAAGACCCCCACAGGUGCCCGGAAGACUCCACGAAGUACAAUCAAACAAAACGUAAACGCCAAAGAUACCCCAGAAUGGGUCAUGCCCCCAAUACGUGCCCUUGCGAAGUCUUUCGAUCAUCCCGCCGCGGUGCCCCAUAUCUAUACGGGCGUUGAGUCAACGAUGUCACUACUUGCGCUCAUGGCUGCAGCGUCAGUACCAGAUACUCCAAGUAAACGGCCGCGCCGGGCUGCCGCCUCUGCCCACGCGACGACUAAUUUAUCCGAGACACGCAUACUUGCACUCAUAGCAGUCAUAUCGUUUUAUGUCAUUUCUCGCAUACAAGACAAGGAUAUCACACCCGACCAGUAUGAAGAAUGGCGAUCUCGAGCAAUAUCCAUCCUACUCCAGACCAAGGCCGAUGCGAAUACUGGGGAAGAAGAGGUCGCCACUGAGAUUGAAGAGCUGAUGCCCCUGGCACAAGCAGAAGGCUGGUUACAGAUGGAAUGGUUUUUGAAUGUCAUGCCGACGGAGAGCGGACAGGAGAUGGAGGGCGUAGAGAUGACUGCUGACCACACAAACGGAACAAAACCCAAAAGUUGGAAGGAAAGCUUCGGUAGUGAAAACAUUGGGUUGGGUACCAUGAUGCAAGACGCCACUGACUAUCUGAGUGAGCGCAAAAGAGAAGACUACAGGAGAUGGAAGGCCGGCAUCAUCGCGAUGGUCGAGGAAAUAGAAGCUUCCUAA